GGAGGAAGAGGAGGAGGUUGGAAUUUUAUGUUGGAUCGUACAUGUAUUAGCCAGACGCUAAUCAGGAUGCAAACAAUGUGCCCAGACUACCUGACAUCGAAUGGAGACAAGACCCGUUGAGAUUACAAGAUUGAGAUGGCAACAAUUCGCAUAUUCUUGGCAUGUGUGGUUCUCCUCAGUACCAGCGUACCAUCAUUUUCUCUCCAAACUAGUGGGGAGUGCUUCUUCAACACCAAAGGGAGCUGUGAGUACAUGGGUCAGGUGUUUGGGUUAGGUGAGCGUUGGAUCACCAUUGAUUGUUACCAGUGUGUCUGCAUGGAGCCUUUUGGAGUAGGAUGCUGUGAUCAUGGUUUCAAACCUGUGGACUAUCCUGAGUGGUGCGACAUCAUCCGCAAGCCUGACUCUUGUGCCAGUGUUGUGGUGAUGAAAGCCAAUCACAAGCUGCCCUGCCUGUGGGGACGAGGCCACCUCCAAACUGCUGCAAGCCUCCCCUGGAAAUCUGACAAUGAUCCCAUGUUUUGAGACCAUUAUAUCAUAGUAUUUAACAUUACAAUAUA